AUGGAACGCGGCGAUUUGGCCCUGAUCUCGAUGCGACUUGCAUUAUUUUUCGCUUGCUUGGUUACUACAGAAGGUGCAACGCACUCCUAUUUCCGUGAUAUUCAUGUGGAAGAGGGCAAACCGGCCACACUUUACUGCGAAAUAGAAGGGCGUUCAAUGAAGAAUUUCAAGUGGCUAUGGAGAUCUUGGGACGACGAGUCCAUCGAAUAUGAGGAGACAAAUAUUUCGAAUAUUUCACGCGUCACCGAAACAGAUGUCGUGGUGACGCUUGAAAUCGCAAACGUGACAUCCGAACACGACAGAGCGAUCUACAAAUGUAGUGCGGAUGCAGGUGAUGACAAACGACGUAUUCUGAGUGAAUUACAUGCAUUAUCCACCUUUCGGAGAGGGGAAAGCGACCAUAAUUUCCGAGCUGUUGGAACGGAUCGCAUUUACAUACAGCUUGGUCAAUCCGAUUUCAUAGCACUAAUGGCAGGGUAUAAUACAUUUAUCAACCCAUCUAAAUAUUACUGCUCGAUUGAGUAUUCAGUGAAUGGUACGAGCCAAUGGCAGAAGACAACAUCGUUUUCGUCUGAUGAGCUACCUGGUUAUCACGUUAUUCAUGGAUUACGACAGGGGACUACCUAUCGAAUACAUACCAAUAUACGCGAUUUAGGAAGCAUCGACGUGGAUCAAUUCAUAUGGGCCACGACGUUCGAACGAGAUAUCGAAUACGUUCCAGUCAUUACAAUUAUCAAGGUUACUACAACUUCAGUAGAGGUUGAAUGGACUGCACCUCCGCGGGACCUGGAAGGUUAUAUCAACAAGUACAGAGCUUUAAUUGCACAUGCGCACGUCGUCGGAGAAUUGCUAGUAGAAACAUCAGCACUAAGUCACGUAUUUCAUGGACUUUAUGGGAGAACAUACGUUAUCAGAGUGGAAGCUUGUUCAAUUGACCAUUGUCAAAAUCAUUACCUGAGCAAUAAUUUAUUAGUCAAGAUUCCAGACGAGGAAGGUGAAAUAAAUCCAACAUUCAUCCCGACCGUCUCUACAAAUGGAUCGACGAACCAUUCGAUAACUAUCAGGUGGACUGCGCCCGAAGAUUCGUACGAGGGUCCAGCCGUUCAUUACUACCAUCCAGUAUUGUCUGCUCCACACUACACGAAUGAAUCGGUAUUUUUGAAUGGAACCACGGACUCUUACACAUUUUUGAAUUUGCAGCAGAGCGUCGGGUAUCAGUUUCACGUGGAAGCCUGUGGGAAGUACAGGAAGAAUUGUGGUAAUUCGAGUAUUCCCAUCGAAGCUUACACACUAGGUGGUCCGAGGUUAUCCCAAAAUCCUCAAAACGAGUAUAUGAUCGUGGUUGGAAUAUGGCUGAUUGCUUCGGCACUGAUACUCAUCAUCGUCAUGAGCAUAUUGGCUGCUUGGACACUUCGCAAACAGAGAUUGAGACGGAAAUUGAUAAAAGCGAGACUCGAGUACUUCAAUAACGGAAAUUCAGUGACUUUGAAUCCAGAUGUGUCUGUGAGCGAUCAGGCUGAGUUACUGCCGUACGUGAAGAAAUACGAGUUUCCUCGAAGUCUGCUCACACUCGGCGACAUACUGGGAAGUGGGGCAUUCGGAGUGGUGAGAAAAGGACAGGCGCAAACCAUCCGCAGUCGGGAAGUAGAGACGACAGUCGCUGUCAAGACGGUCCGAGCCACAGCCAGUCUGGACUGCAUGAUGUCCCUUCUUCGCGAACUCAGGAUCCUCUGCUACCUCGAAGAACAUUUGAACCUCGUCUGUCUUCUCGGUGCUUGCACGAAAAAUCUAGAGUACGGCCAACUGUUCGUCAUCGUAGAAUUCUGCCGAUUCGGGAAUCUACACGACUACUUGUUGCGUCACCGACGUCAUUUUGUGAAUCAAUUGGAUGCGGAUACCGGAGAGAUCCGUGAUCAAAACCGGGAUGAAGUUGAGAUCGAAGCCAACGAUGAGGGACAGCAAAUAGAAGCUUCCAGUGACGACAGCGAUCUCAGCUUUCCAGGCGUGACAGUGGACAGCGUGAGCACUGAACCGAAAUCGGACGAACCAAAGCUGCGAUCGAAAUACCCGGGCGAUUACGCAGGGAUACAUACAGAUCCGAUACGUACGCAAGACUUGGUGUGUUGGGCUUGGCAAGUUUCACGCGGCAUGCAGUAUCUCAGUGCGAAAAAGGUAUUGCACGGAGACUUGGCGGCGAGAAACAUUCUCCUCUCGGACAAUAACGUUGUGAAAAUCUGCGACUUCGGGCUGUCGAAGUCCCUCCGUGACGAAGAGAACUUGACGAACAACGAAGGGGGUCCCCUUCCGGUGAAGUGGAUGGCGAUCGAGUCACUCAGAGAUCGGGUGUUUUCAACGAAAUCGGAUGUUUGGUCGUACGGAAUCGUUUUGUGGGAACUUUUCUCACUUGGCAAUACUCCCUAUUACGGCAUACGACCGCAUGACAUGUGCCAAACUCUGGCCGACGGUUAUCGUAUGGAGCGACCGAAAUACGCGCCUCAGAGUUUAUACGACAUAAUGUCACGUUGCUGGAAAGAGGAACCAUCGGAACGACCUUCGUUUGAUUCGCUUGCCUGGAAGGUUGGUGAUCUGAUAGACGAGCACGUGAAAUUGUAUUACCUGGAAUUGGGCAAUCCUUACACCGAGAUGUACGCCGGCGCCUGGAAGCGUGAGAGAGAGAUCGAAACGCACGGCGAUGAACCUACAACCUACGAAGACACCCAAGUUUGAGCGUAACAAUGUCGUCGCAACCGCC